AGGGUUGUGGGAAGGAGGUAGUCUUAAGGGCCAAAGCGGAAACUUUCUCCUCCUCUCCCCCUCCCAGCGUAGCUUUUAAAGGGACCGCCAAGCAUUUCUCUCUUUCUAGUCCUUAGAGCUGGGCUGAGCGAGGCCAAAUUCAGAUUCCAAGAGGAGACAGGAUAAUGCAAUGGCCCAACAAAGAGUCCUCCCCCAGAGCAAAGAGACCCUUCUUCAGUCCUACAACAAGAGGCUGAAGGAUGAUAUCAAGUCUAUCAUGGAUAAUUUCACUGAGAUCAUAAAGACAGCCAAGAUUGAAGAUGAAACUCAGGUGUCCCGGGCAACUCAGGGUGAGCAGGACAAUUAUGAGAUGCAUGUGAGAGCGGCCAAUAUUGUCCGUGCUGGGGAAUCCCUGAUGAAGCUCGUGUCUGACCUCAAGCAAUUUCUCAUCCUCAAUGACUUUCCCUCCGUGAAUGAAGCCAUCGAUCAGCGCAACCAGCAGCUUCGGAGCUUGCAGGAUGAGUGUGACAAAAAGCUCAUUUCCCUGAGGGAUGAGAUUUCCAUUGACUUGUAUGAGCUGGAGGAGGAGUAUUACUCGUCCAGGUACAAAUAGGGCUCUGUACUCCAGAAGCUUGUGAAACUGCCUCCUCUUCCUUCUUCAUCCGCCUCUCCCAGGGAGCAGGCAGCAGAAGAGCUGGCCAAAUCAGGCCUUGGAGGAAGCUUGAGGCCCUUCCUUCAGCUGUGCCUCCCAAGGUUACUGGCCUUCCUGACUUUUGUGGGGUUUUCUCACCCUCAUGAGAUGAUCUCUUACCCUGGAAGCUCUGUGAAGGCCAGUAAGGAUGGCAGUAGUUUAUUCUUGGCCCCCUAAAAGAAAAACUCACCUUUUCUUUGGUGACCCCAGUACCUGCUUCUCUGGGGAAGUCAGUAAUGCCAAAGGGAAUGGACACUGAGCUAUGGGUGUGGGCACGCCUCUUCCCCAGAAUAGCUGGUCUCAGAACAGAUACCUGGACUAAAGCAUUGCACCCACUGUAGGUUUUUGAAUAUCUACUUUUUUGCUUUAGUGAUUUCCCAUGGUGAAUGCUCAUUGAAUCUUAAGAGUUUCAGAACUGGAAGGGAUAGACCUUCAAUCUUAUUUAGUACAACUUAUUUCUAGAUUGGAAAACUCAGGCCACAGAGGGAAUGGAGAUUUGACUGAGGAAUAAAAUCUAUGUCUCUUGAGGCCCACACUACACUAAGCUGCCUUUAUAAAUCAGCCUUCCUGAUAAGGUAGCACAUGCUAAUUCUAUACUGUUUCAAUUGCUACUCUGUUAUGUAAGCUUUUAAAUUGCUAGUUUUCUCUUUGAUCAUAGACUGAUUUCUUUCAGCCAACUAGCCUGCACUUAUUUCACCCAUGUAGGAGAUAGGUGCUCAGGGAACAUAGACCAAUUUUAACAUUAACCUGAACUAGAUAGAAUCAGGGACAGAUUGGAUUCAGGGUGAAGCUGAGAAUAACAGUGGAAAAAUUUCCUAGCACACACUGCAUUUCAAAGCCCAAUCUUGGUAACUUUUUGAUUAUUUACUUUGGGAAUUCUCUAUGUUACCUAAAAAUCAUAGCAUGUCAGAACUGGAAAGGGCCUUAAACAUAUCUAGCUCAAGAAUACUUACUUUUUUUUGGGGGGGGGGUCAUGGACCCCUCUGGCAGUCUGAUGAAGCCUGUGGAACCUUCUCAAACAAUGGAAGGAAAUAAGGAUGCAAUUUUUGUCCUACCCAAGUUCACAGCCCUCUCUGAAAUAUUUCCAGGUUAAGGCUUUCCCUCACCCCAUCCUGAUCUAGCUCAGUUCUGUUUUACUGAGGUCAAGGGAGAAAAAGGGAAUUGUUUCUCUCUGCUCAGUAGACACAGAGCUGAUAAAUCCUCAGAUUUAUCUCUGGGUGGCUUUAUGCCUCCUUUUCCCCAUUGGACCUAGCAGUGCCUUUAAAAUGCUCAUUUUUGCACCAAAGAGGCUUGUGAAUCUGGUUUGGAAAAGGGUCUAAGGCCAGAACUUGGUAUGGAUUUAAAAUGUAUAGUUGAACCUUCUUAUGACUUUUAUUUUUCUGAAGAGACUCGUCUUUGGCCCAUCUCUUAUUGGCCUGAACUAUUAUAAAUAUUUUAAAUGUAAAGGGAGAAGUUCAUUUUUGGAGCCAGAGAUCAGUUGGCAGAAGGACACCACAGCCAUCAUCCCAUGCCACACUUUUUAUUCCAUCUCUUCCCAUCUCUCCUGAAUUUUCAGGAUCUUUGUCCACUCAUCUUGUGAGGGGCAGGACUAGGACUAGAAUCCAGGUCUCCUGAUUCCUGGACUAGUGUUCUUUCUAUAACUCAUCUCCCUUCCUUGUUAUCCUAACAUUAAGCUCUCAGAUUUAACUGUCCUUUCCCCCAUGUUUGCCAUACUACCUAAUAAAAUGACCUCAAUUCAAAUUCCCAAGUGCUUUACCUGUAAAGUCCUCCAUGACCUUCUCUUCCUCCCCCCCCCCCCAAUCUUUCCUUCCUACCUCCCUGAAGUAGGUGAAUGCCUCAAAUCUGUUCCUGGAAGUCCCAGAAUGCCUUAGUGGUGGUCAUGGUGAUGGGGUAAGCUUGGGGCAAGUGGGACAGCCCCCUGUUGGAAAUGAUGGUCCCCACAUACCUUGCCCUACCAUGCACCCUCUACUUAGGGCCCUUUACAACAAUCCUAAGGGGGCAGGUUGGUGAUAAUGAUGAUUUUGAAAAUGUCAGUUGUGUCUCCAUCCUGUUAAGUAUUUGAAUCUUAUCAUUCUCUAUCCAAUUUCCAUUUUCCCCUAUCCCCAUUCCCAUGUAAAUAAAGUUUUCAAUGUAAGCAAA